AUGUCCGACAAGACAAUGGCCUCUGCGGCUGGCAGAUCAGCGGCUUCACCGCUGCCGGCCAUGCCGCCUGCGCUUCGCCAGCUGAUCAUCGCAGUGAAACGGCUGAACGCUGCCUCCUCUUCGCCUUCAAAUGUCGACGCCGCUUCACCUCUAGGGCGGUCGACAAGGGAGCUCCCAGAGCAGUCCACCUCAGAUCCGCCGGCAGAUGGCACUGUCGCACCCACGGUAGAGCUGCUGCAGCAGGUGGAUGCGCUUCAGGAACAGUACAGACGCCUUUUGGAGCUGGCACAGCAGCCGUUCGGCACACAAAGUGCGGCCCACGCUGAGUCACCAUCGGGCAGCGGCAGCGACACUGUUGAGACGCUGGCGGAGAGUCUCAUGACAGAAUUUGAGACCGCCGUUGGGCAGCUACAGCGAGGCAUCCGCUCGAAGCAGGCGCAGGCCAUCCGCCUCGUGCUGCUCAACGCGCUGCGGCGAGAAGCCGCUGAGCGACGCCAGUGCGUGGCGAAGAUGGAAGGCGUGCUGAGCGCCUCCCGUCAGCACGUGCGUCUGUGA